GCGCGCCCAGUCGGCAAGAUGGUGUCUCGUAAGAGGAAGCAGGAGGCGGGCGACCACGAGGAGAAUAUACCGAGCCCACCGGGGUAUUCAGCUGUUCCGGUCAACUUCUCAGAAAAGCAGCAGGCUCCUCAUUACCUCUACAUGAGACAGCACAGAGUUCGCCAGGGCACGCAGUCCACAUGGCCCCCCAAUCGGACCCUUUUCAUCCUCAAUGUACCCCCAUACUGCACACAGGAGAGCCUGCGUCAGUGCCUCUCCUCCUGCGGCGCCAUCAGGACAGUAGCGCUACAGAAGAAGCCUGACCUUGCCGAGAGCCCAGAGGAGCCCAAGUCACCAUUCUUUCAUCCCAAGCCAGUGCCGAGCUUUCAGGUAGCUUAUGUGGUGUUCCAGAAGCCAAGUGGAGUGGCAGCUGCUUUGAACCUGAAGGGCCCAUUGCUGGUUUCUACAGAGAGCCACCCUGUGAAGAACGGAAUUUACAAGUGGAUCAGUGACUAUGAAGAUUCCCUGGUGGACCCCGAGGCCCUGAGGAUCGAAGUAGACACAUUCAUGGAGGCCUAUGACAAGAAGAUAGCCGAGGAGGAAACUAAGGCCAAGGAGGAGGAGGGAGUCCCUGAUGAGGAGGGCUGGGUAAAGGUCACCCGCCGGGGCCGCAGGCCUGUGCUCCCUCGGACAGAAGCGGCCAGUCUGCGUGUUCUCGAGAAGGAGAAACGGAAGCGAGCCCGCAAGGAGCUGCUCAACUUCUAUGCCUGGCAGCACCGAGAGACCAAGAUGGAGCACUUAGCACAGCUGCGAAAGAAGUUUGAGGAGGACAAGCAGAGGAUUGAACUGAUGCGUGCCCAGCGCAAAUUCCGACCCUACUGAGCUGUUCUGGCAAGCAGAUACCAGGCCAAGAAGUAGCUGUUUCCCCAGUUUCAUCUUUGCACCCACACAGGCUGGAAGGGCGAGGCUUGCCUUGUAGGAGGAUUUGGCCUUCACAGAGCUGCCUCUGCCCUCUCCUGCCUGUAAAGACACUCCCGGGAAACCUGGCCGACCGACUGACGAGCUUGCCCUCCAUGAAGCCCCUGAUGGUAAUGGCCGCUUGGAACGCAGUAAAAACGGGAGAUGAUUGUAUUUCCACCCAGUGGCAAGGACAGGUCCCAGAAGCCUCUGGAGGGCCAGCCCUGCUUCGUUAGCAUCACCAGACACCCAGUCCCCUUCUCAAAGUCACAUAAGUCACAUUCCCUGCCCCUAGCUCUGCUGAAGGAUUGCUGCCUCUCUGGGUCUCUAAGCCCAGUGAGACUCGUGCCCACCCCACCUAUUUUGUGGGAUGAGAGUGCUUAGAUGUAAGCUAGGAAGGAACAGGAUCCCAGAGCAGAGCUAUAGCCUGGAAGAGGUUGUCCUCGGUCGGCCCUGGAGGAAUGAGCUGAUAACUGCAGCCACAGUCUGGGGCUUGUUCAUAUGGAUGUAGUGAUUGCCUGGGACUUCCACAAACUGGAACCGCUGGAAAAAGGGGGUGGGUGAUGAGAUACUGCCCACCCAGGGACCCCCAUCACCAACUGUCUCCAAGUGGGUCAGAGGCAACCUCUGGCUGGCACUUGUCUGUUCGAAGUAGCCUGGGGACUUGGAAGCUGUCACAGGAAUGAUGUCUGAGCUGUGUGUAUAUAUUACGAGGGGGCAGCUACAGUCAGGGUCACUGCCAGCUCUGUUAGAGAUAAAAUCCUCAAAGAAAGGCAAGCUCCCGCAGUAGGAGAGCCCUCCCCCACUCACACUUUGUGAUAGCAUCAAGCAGUGUGUACAGAUCCAGGCCUAGGCCAUUGUAAGUGAAGACCAUAAAGGGGCAGGACCCACACAGGCCUCCCCCUACCCUGAAGCCGCAACAUCUGUCAGUGUUCUGCUCCCAGGAACAACGGAGACAAAUGCAGGGCUGCUUAUGGAAGGUGCACCUCAGAAUUAAGCCCAGCUGGGAGUGAGGGGAGGAUAGUAAACAAAAUCCUGCCAACAAAAGCUGUCUCUCCUGAACUCUUAAGACUAGAUGUUCCAGGUUUCUGGGGACUGGCCACUCCUUGGAUCUGGAGUAGGGUUCAGAGCUGACAUACGUCCAACCCAUCAGCCUCCUGGGCCACACACCUUACCUCCUUUAGGGUGGAUCUUAGCACCUCCACAAAGGGGCAGGGGCUGCUUGUUCUUAUUGUUGUUCUGCCUCACAUCGAAGUACCCCUGCAGUGCUCUGGGCAGAAAAGUUGGGGUGUCCCCUAGCUUUCCAUCUUGAUAGCCCUUCUGCCCUGCCUGGGUUUCAGGCCCAAAGAGGCCAAGCCUAGGCUGCUCCCCAGUUUUCCUUCAGUGUAUCCUAGAUUUGAGCCUAGGUUUGCCCUGGGGUUCAGUCAUCUGGUACCAGCCUUCUCUCAGAGCUGGUAGCAGGCUAGCACAAGCUGGCAGUACUAUGGAAAGGAAGGGCCAUUGUCUGCUGGGCAAAAGUAUCAAUUAAGCAUCCUAGCACAACAAGCAUCAGACUUUGCUCAGAUCUCCCUGCAGUGGUGGCCGCAGCUGCCGAGCGUCAAGGGAAGGACCAGUUAGACCAACUGUGUUGCUAGCCCAGGAAAAGUUCCUAGUUCAGAAUUCCUGGAUGUGCAGGCAAUCCUACUGUGACCCCACUGAUCAUUGGAGUUAAUUUGACCAAUCUGGCUAGGGGUAUGUCCCCUUCCUCAUCGCUCCAAGGACGUCCCUCCUGAAGCUGCACACAAAGUAGGCCUUAUGAACAAACUCCCAAGAUUGCCUGUGCAGCUACUACAACUCUGUGACAUUCUGUUUUCUUGGCAUGAGGAUAUGGGUUCAGUUACCACAAAAGACAGGCUCUCCCAGAGAUCAGUUGAGCCAUGGGGCCAUCCUUACUUUGUCCCCUGCUCCCAGGUCACCUCUCCUUUGUCUUAUCCCUCCCAGCGCUUGCUAAUAAAGAUGUUUCCUGAGAAAAGCUGA